CCGUUCCUUAUUGUCUACUUAUAACAGAGAAACGAAACAACAAAAAGUCAAGAAACUACCCACAAUUUGCUGAUCCCAUCUUCUCUUUUCAUUUGCAAUCAAGAAAAUCCAAGGGGAAGAAAAUGCUGGCAGUGUUUGAUAAGACUGUAGCGAAGAGCCCCGAGGCCCUGCAGAGCCCACAUAUCGCAGGAUCGGCGUUUGCACUCAAAGAUGGUUCUUUGGCUAGCCAUUUCUCGUCCAUGCACCCUGGUUCUGUCAUUAUUAAUCUUGGUUCAUCUGGAUUCAUGUCAUACUCUUCUGAUAAGCAAAACCCUCUUCUUCCAAGACUUUUUGCUGUAGUCGACGACAUAUUCUGUGUGUUUGAAGGCCACAUCGAGAAUGUUGCGCAUCUUAAGCAGCAGUAUGGAUUAAACAAGACGGCAAACGAAGUGAUCAUUGUUAUUGAAGCUUACAGGACUUUAAGAGAUAGAGGUCCUUAUCCUGCAGAUCAAGUUGUGAGAGAUAUUCUAGGGAAGUUUGCAUUCAUUCUUUAUGAUGGUUCUUCAAAAACCACAUUUAUUGCAGCUGAUGCUGAUGGUAGUGUUCCAUUUUUCUGGGGAACUGAUUCUGAAGGUCAUCUCGUGCUCUCUGAUGAUGGAGAAGUUGUGAAACAAGGGUGUGGAAAAUCUUUUGCCCCAUUUCCCAAAGGAUGCAUCUUCACUUCUUCUGGAGGUCUACGGAGUUAUGAGCAUCCCAUCAACGAGUUGAAGGCAGUUCCGAGAGUGGACAGCUCAGGCGAGGUCUGUGGGGCAACCUUUAAGGUGGACUCAGAGUCAAAAAAGGGAAAAACUGGCAUGCCUAGAGUCGGAAGUGAUGCGAACUGGUCUCAACAUAUAUGAUGUAACUGCUAAUAUUUCUAAAUCUGAUUCCCCCUGCGUGUAGUAGUUGGGCCAUUUUAGGCCUGGAAACACCCAAAAUAAUGGCACGUUAGCUCUAUGUAAUAACAUAUCGGGUGUCUGUUUUAUUGCCUGGUUCUUGCAUUUUAUAAUUUUUGUGAGGAGAAAUGAACUCAAAUAUACAGCUAGAGUGCUCACUUUUAUUCUAGUCAUAUAUUUGCUUUGA